CAGGCGGACGUUGAAGCGGAAGGUUCUCGCACGUGAAGCGGAAGAAAAUGUGGAACAUCUGACAGAUCUUACCAUGAACGAUAGUACGUGAGUCAACCUCAGUGUCCGGACACUGCGACCGACCGGAGACAAAGACAACAAGAACUCUCCCUGACACAGAGACCCAGCAGAAAAGAAGGAUGAGCCUACUACACAGAAGGCCAAGUAAACUGCUCACAGUGUGGAGGUGGAAGAGAAGGGUGGAGGCUUCCCUAUGUCCAGCGACGGUCUUUCACUGCAGAGCCUUCUGCUCCACCCCUUCAGAACCAGACCCCAUAGAUAUUCACAAAAGGAAGCUCUUCCUAUGGUUCAGUCACCUUCCCCAGGAGGAGAAACAAUUUGGAGGUUACUUUAGCCCUGAGACCAUGCAUGUGGAUCCACUGAUCUUGGAAAGAAAUCCCGAGGAGAGGUUAGGACUGCUCAGCCCCUGCCUGCAAACCCAGAACUCCUCGUUCCCCUCCGUGACUGUGGAACAGCUGUUUGAGCCUACUGAUGCCUGGAGUGAGGAUCGCGGGAUCAAUGUGCUGCUCUAUGGGGCAGUGGGAACAGGAAAAAGUACGGUGAUCCGAAAGCUAGUGCUGGAUUGGUGCACUGGGACCACUCUAGCUAACUUCAAGCUUCUAGUUCCAUUCUCUUGUGAGGAUCUUAACCAGCUGUCAAAGAUGGCUUCCCUAAGGGACCUGGUGAGUAGGAAGUACCUCCACCUGAAAAAACACCCCCUGCUGAGUGGGGAGGGAAGCCAGGCCAAGGAUGUGCUUUUCCUCUUUAACGGGAUGGAGAAGAUACAAUUGGACUUCCGCAUUGGAUCCACAGAGCUUUGUAGUGACCCUAAUGAAGCUCUGCUUCCAGGUGUAGUGGUGGUGAACCUACUGAGGAAGUAUCUCCUGCCUGAGGCCAGCAUCUUGGUUACCACAAGACUGUCUGCUCUAGACCGUAUCCCUCAGAAGUAUAUUAGUCGUUAUGCACAGAUUUGUGGCUUCACUGACCCAGACCGCCAGCGGGCAUAUUUCACUAGCCGCCUACUGCAGCAGAGUGGGAAGACAGCACAUAACCAAGAGGCCCAGGCUCUAAUAGAGCUGCUUUACCUCAGCCUUCAGAGAGAAAGUCAGCUUGCUGCAGCCUGCUUCCUCCCCUCCUACUGCUGGCUCACAUGUGCUACCUUACACUUCCUCCAUUUCACCAGCAUCAAUGCCCCCAUCCGCACAUUGACUGGCAUAUACACCAGUUUUCUCAGGCUCAACUUUGGGGGUGAGGUGCUGGGAACAGGGGCAGGGACUAAUGUGCCCAUUCAGGGGCACCACAGUUCUCUGAUGUUGUAUGUCGUUCGUACAGUUGGUAAACUUGCUUUUGAUGGUGUGACUUACAAGCGCACGUCGUUUUCAGAAAGGGAACUGGAACAGUGGAUAGGAGGGAAGACCAAGACGGAUGAGGAGCUACGUCAGCUGGCCAUGUUCCGCACUGAUGUGUUAGACUUCUUUUUAGCUCCCUGUGUAGGAAAUGAUAAGUAUUUAUCCCAAGACCUCAGUGAGAAUGAUGAGAGGCGGUACGUGUUUGCUGUCCCAGCCAUGCAGGAGUAUCUGGCGGCUCUCUACAUGGUUCUAGGAGAGAACAAAUCGGCUCUGGAGAAACUGACCAGGCAGGUGUCUAUGGCCAUUGGCCAGGCAACUGAGGAUGUGAAUGCCCUUAUGAACAUCCUUUCUAAAUUCAUCCCCCUCAGAAUAUUUGCUAUAUUCAACCUCCUUAAACUUUUUCCAAAGCUUUUUGAGAAAAUCAGCAGUCGCAACAAAGGUAGUAUUGCCAGAACCAUGGCAGCUGAGAUGUUCCGCACUGAGGAUAGCUACAACGAGGAUGUCCUGGAUCAGGUGGAGCAAAGCCUUCUUGGCGUCCAUGGUCCGCAGCCAAAGCAGUACAGUGAAGGCCAACCUUUUGAACUGUACCCCAUCUUCAUGGGUGGACUGUUGCAUUAUGGUAACCGUGUGCUUCUCCAACAACUUGGCUGCAGCAUUCAAAGCAGCACUGUGGCCCAGAUCACACUUGCCCUCAGGAAAUAUCUUGUCAGAGAACUCAGCAAACCGCAGCCACCGGAGGAGUUGAUGGAUCUGCUGGUCCUUCUGUAUGAGUUUCAGAACCCAAGACUGACUGCAGAGGUUCUGGCCUCAAUCAGAGCCAUCCGACUCACCAACAUUCGUAUGACGCCAAUCAAAUGCUUCGUACUGAGUACUGUGCUCUCAUGCACACCUCCAAGCUAUCACCUUGAAGAGCUGGACCUGUCCUCCUGUCUCCUGACUCAUGACAUGCUUCAGAUGCUGUGGCCUGCCUUUAGACACACACACAACCUCAAUCUGCAGUUUAACAGCCUGGGUCCGGAGUCUUGCAUCCUGCUGAGAGACCUGCUACUAGACUCCAAGAUUUUGAUUAGAUCUCUACAGAGGAGAUUUCAACUGCGCAAUAGACCCCAACAUUGACCAGACCCCUCUAAAACUAGGAGAUCUCAGAAAAGUACCCAUUUACAAGAUUUUUGUGAAGAUCUCAAGCUUUUCUUAAGGGACGUGACUUCAUUUUCUUCUCCCCACCAAUCAUUUUCCAGGAUCGACUAUUUUCUAGUAUUAAAAGAGAUCUUGGCUAGAAUCACUGAAUGCUAAUUGGAAUUCAGGUCUUCUGAGAUCACUCCCCUAUUAGUGUAACAUGUAGCUCAACAUAUAAUAAUCCUGCGUGCAGACACUACCGUUUCAAUCCCCAUUUAAUGAGCAACCCUCAGUUUAUGGAAUUUAUCUCUCAAGAGCUAGAAUUUUUUCUGAUGGUAAAUAAAACACCGGACAUAAACCCUUCAGUUUUAUAGGAAACUGUUAAGUGUUACAUUACACAGAUGCUGUUAUGUCAUACACCUCUGCAGAGAGAAAGUUCAUCAUAAAAACUCAGCUAGAGCUGGAGGCAACAGUCAAAUCCCUUGAAAAAGAGUUUAAGUCCAACCCCACAAAGUCUGGUGGUAAACAACUAGAUGCUGCCCGAUCUGCAUUGGACCAACUGAUUACUAAAAAGGUUGAAAUCUCAAUUCUUUUCGCCCGACACAGAUGAUAUGAAUCAGGCAAUAAACCAGGCUGCCUCCUUGCCCGCCUACCUAGAGGUAGAGUUGAGACUAGCAAUAUUUCAUCUCUCACGAACAAUAAAGAUUAAAAUCUUUACACAUCACGAUAUUAACUGAACUAUGAGGGUAUUUUAUCAAAAUGUGUACUCCACUGAUUGCAACUCUUCUGUAGAGAUGCAAGAAGCUUUUUUGAGUGAGCUGAAACUAUCUUGUCUAAGUAGGGAACACAGGAAAAAGCUGAACAGACCAAUAGCAGAGGAGGAAGUUUUUGAUGCUAUUGAAACACUAAAGGCCCCAGGGCCUGAUGAGUUUGGCCCAGAAUUUUAUGACAUUCAAUAGGACUUUGGCCGGACCAUUAAUAUCUGUUGUUACGAGUAACAAAUAUGCAGAAAACCGGGUAAGGAGGCAGGGAAACUGAUCGUGUAGCAGACAAAUUAUUUAUUUUACAAAAAGGAAACAAAACCAAGAUUCAAUACAAGGCAAGCUUAUUAACACAAAGCCGCUCUGAAAUCAAAAUACCACACUUCUGUUUCUAGCAGAACGCGAGACACCAACACGGCACCCUAGCUGCUGAUCUGGCCCACUGGCAAAGAUGAGAUCAGGUUGGCUUGACUUGUGAGGUAGAUGCAGGUGUACCUGGCCACUCCCCACUAGUGUUGUUUUUGGCGGCCUGUUUUGAUUUUAGUUUUAGUCUAGUCUUUGUGUCAAGCUGACAUUUUAGUUUUUAUUAGUUUUAGUCACGUUCAUUCUCUUUUUCGUCUAGUCAAGUUUUAGUCGACUAAAAGUCUGAGCAUUUUAGUCUUAUUUUAGUCAGAAUAACCUAUGACUAUAUUCGUCUAGUUUUAGUCUACGAAAACUGAUGACAUUUUAGUCUAGUUUUUGUCAAUGAAAAUUAUGUUUUACUCUCUUUUUAGUAAUGCAAUUCUAUUUAACCCAAUCAAUAUAGUAUAAUUUCCUUGUAUAGUAUAGACAAAACCAUUUUUUUUUGUCAAACCCAUUUCACAAAUUAAACAUGGUUAUCUUAUUAUUAUAUUAUUGUUAACUUAUAAACUCAAGAAUAUACUCACUCCAGACAUGGAAGAUACUGUUUUUCCCCUUUAUUUUGUGGCCGCAUUUCUCCCCGUCUUUUUCCACGACACAUUCCGUUUUGUUUUCCACUUGUAUGUAAACAAAGUAUAUCCAUAUAUCGCUUCUUCGUUUUCUCCUCAGCUGCCCGAAAGCUGGGGAACAGUGCCCGGCCAUGAUCCCACCGCAGACGCAUCUAAAUAAUGCCGCGAGUGGAGAUUGAGGAAGUGACGUCGCCUGCAUCAGCGCAGUGCAACGUCACAGCCUGGGAAACAGAAAUACUGCAAAAUAAUAAACGCGACUAAACAUUUAAAUGUUAUUUUGUUUCGUCUCGUUUUGGUCAACGAAAAUGAAGAGACAUUUCAGCAAAGUUUUUAUUUUGUAAACCGAAUUUCCUCUCGUUUUUAUUCGUCAACAAUAUUGUAUUAUAUAUUUAAUUAUAGUUGUCACAUAACCAUCAUUUAUGUUUCGUCUCGUUUUCGUCAAGUGCUAAAGGUUCGUUGACGACGAUAUUUCAUCAGAAUUUUCAUUGACAAAAGCAACACUACUCCCCACCAGGUGUAACCUGAGACAAGAAAUUAAAAAGAGGGGAGAGAACAGGAACAAAAACACAACCGACCCCACCUGCACACAAACACCAAGGAACCUAACACUAUUGACAUUCUUUUGACAUUGGUAAACUACCUCAGUCCCUAUAUUUGACCAAUAUAUCCCUUAUAUUGAAGAAGGGCAUAGCCCCAGAGGAGUGUGGUUCUUACCGCCCUAUCAUUCUGAUUGGGUUUGAUAGCAAGAUACUUUCCAAAGUUCUCAUGAGGAGACUGGAGGAUCUCUUACCAAGCCUCAUUAAUCCAGACCAGACUGGAUUCAUUAAAAGUUGUCUCUCAUCCUCUAAUAUUCAGCGACUCCUGAAUGUGAUUCAGCAUUAGAACCAAUUUGGUGGCAAAGCUCUCGCAGUGUCUCUCGAUGUUGAAAAAGCCUUUGAUAGAGUUGAAUGGUGUUAUUUGUGUGAUGUCAUGGGUCAGUUUGAUUGGGGGGUAACUUUCUUAAGUGAAUACAAACCAUCUAUCGUUCACCUACAGCAACAUUUGUUAUCACAAAUAGCCUACGUUCUGAACCUUUCCACUGGCUAGAGGCACCAGACAGGGUUGCCCCCUCAGCCCAUUAUUGUUCGCAAUUGCUUUGGAACCCCUUGCUGUCACCAUUAGGCUUGAUAAAGAAGUGAAGGGAGUCUCUAUAGAGGCAUACUGCAUAAAAUGGCUGUCCAUGCUGAUGAUAUCUUGCUUUUUCUUUCAUCCCCUGAGCAUUCAGCCUCAACGGUAUUGACACUGUAAAAAGAAUUUAGUGACAUACUACAAAGUGAAUUUUGAUAAAUCUGAGGCAUUGCCUAUUGGUAGGCUGGAUUUAUAUGAUCUUGUAGAGGAUUUUCCUUUUAGUUGGUCAAGCCUGGGCUUUACCUACCUGGGUAUUAAAAUGUCCCCCAAUCUAUCUGAUCUCUGGAAACUGUCCCUAUUAUUUUAUAUGCUGUUAAAAUGUAUCCAAGAUACACCAUCCCGCUGUUACUUUGUGGUACAAGGAGAUACUUCCUCACUAGAGGAUCAGCGUGUUCUGCAAGGUGAUGAACAGUCAUUCCUGAAAGUCUGUAAACCACCAAUGGUCUGUCUCCCUGUUGAGACUUUUAAUUUGUUGGCAAACGAUUAUCUUACCUGACAUGGACAUUUCCAGAUACCAACACUGCCAAUGGACACUCUCAUUUAUAAAGCUAAAUCGGGCUGUAUAGUGGCAGAUUGACGAGCUAUGUAGAUUGUACGACUGAAUAUUGGGGUGUUUUGUUUCAAUUUCAUUUUAGUUCUUGUGUGUUUUGCUGUUGUCUCUUCGACGUUAUCAUCAUUGUUUCUGUUAAAAAAUUUGACUAAAACGUUUUUAAAAAAAAAAAAAAAAAAAAAACACAUUGACUUUUGCCCUUCCACGUUACAGGGUCUUCAAGAAACAGAUGAAAAAAAUGCCAAAACUAAAAAAAAAAAAACCCA